GCCGAGCCCCUGUGGCUGAAUUUGAGGAAGAUCGCUUCAGAUACUUCCCCCCGAGUUGGCAGUGACUCACUCGGCGGCCACAGACAGUUGGGUGAAGUGUGUGCAGAAGUUGCUGCACACAUUAACCACAGAGGCAACCCACAACCCAACCAGCAGUCCAAAGGCACGAACUCUCUCUCUCUCCUCCGAAUUGUUGGCCCAGCACCUUCUAAGAGACUUGCGAGAGCCCAAACGGACCCGGACCAAGCCAAGACUGCAGAUUCCCUGUCCAGGAACGCGGGUCCGACUACUUGCAAGGCUGCUUUGGGAGGGGAAGGAAUCCCCGCCGAAGGACAUUAAUGGAUUUCUGUGGUGUUUAAACUCUCUAUAGAGGCAACUGUAAAUAUUUGAUGAGCUACAGUAUAUAACGCCGUGAUAGCCGGUUGACCUUUGAAAACCUCAGGUCACGCUCUUUGAAGCCCGCUCCGUCCUUGGCUCUAAUCGGGGUUUUUUUUUUCCCCACCGCGAAAAGAGACUGCAUUUAACCUGGAUUGAGGCUUGAGGCUAGGGAUGGGGGCUCGUUUUUGGAAACGAUAGGAAAUUAACUACUGAAAACUCUAGAUUCCCCCCUUCCCCUCCCCUCCGUGCGCGUGUGUGGCUUUGAACGGAUGUCUUACAUUUCCUUUGCUCCAAACUUCUCUCCGUGUGUGGGAUGUCGGCAGGCCCUUUGAUUUGAAAAACACUGGCAAUGCCCAAGGGAAGGACUUCUCUAAAUCUAUAGGUUUUCCAGUUUUGCUUUUCAAGAGAGUCCCUCAGACACGCAUCCAGCACAGCCUGAAACUGGAUGCUUGGAUUAGCUGUGGCAGGACCAGGAAGCCGAGAUUUCCCCCGCUCUGUGUCGUGGCCGAUCCGCAUCCACUUCGGGCCUGGCUCCGCUCCUCCUGCCCCUCCUGCUCCGGGGUCCAAAGCCGCCCUCUGCCCUUUUAUGUGGGUCUCCCGCGAGCCGCAGGCUGAAGAGUUGCGCCCCUCCUGCCGCUUUGUCCGAAGUCCUCUGCGGAGCUUUUUCACUCAAAAGGCUUGUUGUGAUGCGUAUCCCCGUAGAUACCAGCACCAGCCGCCGCUUCACGCCGCCCUCCACCGCGCUGAGCCCGGGCAAGAUGAGCGACGCGCUGCCGCUGGCCGGCCACGAGAACAGCAGCGGCGCCCUGGCGGGGAAGCUGAGAAGCGCCGAUCGCAGCAUGGUGGAGGUCCUGGCCGAUCACCCCGGAGAGCUCGUCCGCACCGACAGCCCCAACUUCCUCUGCUCGGUUCUGCCGACCCACUGGAGGUGCAACAAGACUUUGCCCAUCGCCUUCAAGGUGGUAGCCUUAGGAGAUGUCCCUGAUGGAACUUUGGUCACAGUAAUGGCUGGGAAUGAUGAAAACUAUUCUGCAGAACUCAGAAAUGCUACCGCUGCAAUGAAAAACCAAGUAGCCCGAUUCAAUGACUUGAGAUUUGUGGGUAGAAGUGGAAGAGGGAAGAGCUUCACCUUGACCAUCACAGUCUUCACAAAUCCACCACAAGUAGCGACAUACCAUAGAGCCAUCAAAAUAACAGUGGAUGGACCCCGAGAACCAAGAAGACACCGUCAGAAACUAGAUGAGCAGACAAAGCCUGGGAGUUUGUCCUUUUCAGAGCGUCUGAGUGAACUGGAGCAGUUGCGCCGUACAGCCAUAAGGGCCAGCCCACACCACCCAGCCCCCACACCUAAUCCAAGAGCUUCCUUGAAUCACACCACUGCUUUUAACCCUCAGCCUCAAAGCCAGAUUCAGGAUACAAGGCAGCUUCAACCAUCUCCCCCUUGGCCUUAUGAUCCAUCUUAUCAAUAUCUAGGACCAAUUGCAACUCCAUCAGUGCAUCCAACAACACCAAUUUCACCUGGAAGGGCUAGUGGAAUGACAUCCCUGUCUGCUGAACUUUCUAGCCGACUGACAGGUGCUUCUGACUUAACAGCAUUCAGUGAUCCAAGAGUAGGAAUUGAUCGUCCCUUCCCUGCAAUUCCUUCCAUUUCUGAUCCUCGCAUGCACUAUCCAGGAGCAUUUGCCUAUACUCCAACACCUGUCAGCUCAGGAAUAGGAAUUGGUAUGUCUGCCAUGACCACUGCUACCAGAUACCACACUUAUCUACCGCCUCCAUACCCAGGUUCUUCUCAGGCUCAAAGUGGCCCAUUUCAGACCAGUUCGCCCUCUUAUCAUCUCUACUAUGGAACAUCAGCAGGAUCGUACCAGUUCUCCAUGAUGUCUGGAGGAGACCGGUCUCCUCCACGUAUUCUUCCUCCUUGCACUAAUGCUUCUACGGGAUCUACUCUCCUCAACCCCAAUCUUCCAAAUCAAAAUGAUGUUGUGGACACAGAAGGUAGCCAUAGCAACUCCCCUACUAACAUGGGAACCACAGCAAGGCUAGAAGAAGCAGUAUGGCGACCAUAUUGAAAGAUUAUUAGCAAAAAUAGUCUGGGACUAAAAUGUUCUACCUUUUGGUGACCAUGGUUUCCUCAUGAAUGUUUAUAGAUCUCUCUGAGAAACAAUCAGUUCAGAAGUAAUUAUUUCCAGGAAUGGUGUCACAAUGUUAUCCAGUAGAUUUUAGUCAGUGAGGUGAUAAUACUCCAUAAAAGUAUACUUGUCCAAAGGCUGAACUUCUGAGAAUGAGAGCAUUUAAGAUGGCAGUACUCACUUUGUCUAUAGGUAUGGAGAAAAGUAGAUGCUCUGUGUUUUCAGAGCCUGAGACUUCAAACAAAGUUUUGGAGCACCCCAAAGCUUGUAAAGAGUAUUUUGUUUAGCAUCUGAUUUGGAGAUUGAAACCUAACACAAUCUCAAUGAUCUUAAUCAACCAUUUUGUCAUGUGAGUUAAAAAGAAGUAUAAGAAGAUUCUCAGAGAGAAACUGUGAAUGCUUCUGAUUUAGCAAUGCUGUGAAUGAGAGAUUUUAUAUCCUGGAACUAUUUUUUUUAACCAAGUUGUAUAUUCCAAAGAGUAUGGCAAUUCUUUCUUACUUCUUUUUAAGGAUGGAACUCAUCCUUCUUUGCAUAUUAUUUUUUAUUUCCUUUUUUUGGCACCUUAAAAUUUGCAAAAAGAUUUAAUCUUUUUUUAAAAAAAAUGUGCUUGCUUUUCUUGUACUUUGUCAUCUUGAAGGUAUAAAUCCUUCCACUUCUGGGGGAAUAAUCUAAUUCUUCCUUUAAUAUAAAAAGAGCAACAGCCGUGAGUCCUUUUCAACUACUGAAAACAUAUAUGAUGAGUUAACACAAUAUUUAUGCUCAGCAUUGAAAUUUUUUGUUUGAUACUUUUAUUAUUUAAAUAUGCUUAAAGAUAAGCACAUGCAUUUUUGUAGCAACCAAAGUUUAAAAUUAUCACAUAUAUAAAAUGGCUGGAAUAAUUAUGGGUAAUGUGAUUUUAAUUAUUUAGAAGUAUUGUUUACAUUUAGCUUCCAUUUCACUUUCAACAUUCAAUAUCCAAUGAAGUUGUUUUGUCCAGUUGAGAACUCAGAAUUAUUUUAUAUGUUAGUAUAAUAGAAAUAUAUUGGUGUCUGUGAGUCUCCAUUUUAUAAAAGAAGAACUUUGCACCAAAUUUUGGCACAAUUUUCUUUAGACAGUGGUUGUGGGACACAGACGAACACUGGGAGGCAGUGGCUGAAUGGUAGUCUCUGAUAGUACUCAGAGUUUCUGGCACAGCUGGAUGUUAUACUGUACCAAGAUCUAAAAGCAACAGAACUGAGUAGUAAAAUCAAGCAUAGCUGGAUGCUGUGAUACCCUAUUAGUAUGUAGCUUCUAUAUUAUGGGCAUAAUCUGACAAAAUCCUGGAUGUUUUACCCUAAACCCAUGGUGUGAACCUAUGGCACUCCAGAUG